AUGGCGAAGUCUUUUCACAAAAUGGAAGUUAAUAAUGGAAAGCAAACAUCUUUUUGGUAUGAUAAUUGGUCGAGUUUGAGCUGUCUUAAAGAUCUUUUGAAUGAAGGAGGAAGUAUAGCUUUGGGUAUUAUGGAGAAUGAAAUGAUGGAGGAUGUUCUGUUGAGACAUAGGAAACGAAGGCAUAGGAUCCAGAUCCUUAAUGAAGCUGAAAAUAAGAUCGAAAAAGUAAAAAGGAGAGCAAGUCAGGAGGAUGAUGUGCCACUUUGGAAGCAGUAUGAUAAUAAAUUCUCUCGACAGUUCUCUACAAAGAAGACUUGGAUGUGUAUUCGGCAACCCCAACCGGAAAGUAGCUGGAGUAAAGGUGUUUGGUUUCCCCACUCUACACCUAAGUACUCAUUUCUAGUGUGGGUAGCUAUCAAAAACAGAUUGCAGCUUAUGGAUAGAAUAUUAUCUUGGAACAAUGCAGUAAAUGGUACUUUUGUGCUUUGUCAAGUGGAGAUGGAAACAUGUCAGCAUCUGUUCUUUAGAUGCCAUUACUCAAGUAAAAUCUGGAGAGAAAUGGUAGAAGGUAUCUUGAAGGAAGAUUACACCACAAGUUGGGAUGAGAACCUCACUAUUAUAUCUCAAGCUAGAAGAUGUCCAACAGAAACCUUCAUUAUACGAUACACUUUCCAAGUUGUAGCGCAUAGUAUAUGGAGGGAGAGGAAUGCUAGGAAGCAUGGUGAGCAACCAUUAGAUGAGAAGUGUUUAGCGAAGAUGAUUGAUAAAAUGGUAAGACUCAAACUGCUACUUGUGAAAGGAAAAGGUAAGAAGUAUUUGGAGGAAGGGUUGAUGAAAUGGUUUGCUACAAGAUUAUGA